AUGAAAGAGGCGUUAGAAAUGAAUUACGACGUGCUUUGGAAUCAACCAGACUUUUGCCUUGCGUUUCUUAAGACAAUACGUGGUACCCUAUUAAAACCCACUCAACAGCCUCCCUGGUACAAUAGAAGAAUCCUUGAGGAGGAAAGACCUGAUCUAGCUGGACUCGAUGGCAAAAUACGCUUAGAGAGAGAAGAAGCUGCCUUGAUGGAUAUGUUCAUCCGAGAAAAGAGUUAUAUUCAACCUGGAGAUCUAAUCGUAACUGAUGACAAGCUUUCACCCGGAUGUUUGCCUUCGAUAAAAAUGCUCGAUGAAGCUGAAAUCGAGAAGGCUAAAGUCGCAGCUUGGCAAGAUUACUCUGCAUUUGAAAAUGGCAACCCAUUACUUUCUUCAUUGCAUAUUCAUAUGAUAUUCGAACUUAUUCGAAGCACUCGUGAUUCAUUCGAUUACGAUCUCGCUAGGAAAAUUGUUUGUGAAGCUCUGGACAGUAACUUAAAUGGGCCAUUGAUUCUCGAAUGGGCGCCAAAUACACGCGUAGCCUUACCACCAUUAGAAGGCCAACGGAUUACCACUCAAGCUAAAGGAAUACAAAGAGUCAUGACACCACAAGCGAAAUUACAAAGGGUGGUUAUGGACAAAUUACUACAGCAAGUUGACCGUGCAUAUGAAGGGACAAUGGCUAAUCAACAACAAAGGAGGCAAUUGACGGCCGAAGGAACAAUGGCGACGGUGGGAAGUGAUGAGAAGCUGAUGAGGAAUAAUCGCCAACAAAAGACACCACGAGAGCGAACGCCAUGA